CGCUAUGAAGUAGUUCCACGUUUGCAAGAACUCCUGAGAACACGACAAAGCAGUUUGCAAAAGGGCCUGAGAAACACGCCGUGCUGGACGCCGCACAAGCUCACCAGGACAGGCAUGGUCCAGUUCAUAAGUGGUAAUUUCAGGAAGCCUCACGAGAAGAUCCUGUCACAGGGCAGCAGCCGGCAAGCAAGAGGUAAAGUGAGUCUGCAGCACGUCUGCUCCAGUGAAGGUCUCCAGGCUGCGACAGAAAAGAAGCUGUGCAAGGGGAAGGCGAAGCGGCAGAUAUUUCGCAAUGAGCACGCUGUUUCCCACCACAGGAAGAGACAGCCCUGCUUGCUGGAGCUGGCCCAGUGGGAUGGUGCAUGACGAGGCUUGGCACCGUGGGCUGAUGAGGCGGGCUGCCUCACAUGAGGAUGACUACAACUGGACUGACUGUGAAGCCGACAGUUUGAGCGAAGUCCCUGCCACGCUGCUCAUCUGCCUCUGCGGGCUGGUGGGCAAUGGGGCCGUCCUCCGGCUCCUCAGCUCCCACAUCUGCAGGAACCCCAUCACUGUCUAUGCCUUCAACUUGGCCAUCGCUGACUUCACCUUCCUUCUCUCCAUUGCCAUCACCCUUGUGAUAUUUUAUGGACCACCGAGCUUUUGUCACAGGCUGGGCUCACGCAAUGUGAUGGCUAUGUUGAACAUCAUCAUCAUCUUCGUUUUCACCACCAGCGUCUACCUCCUGGCAGCUUUCGGUGCCAGCACGUCCCUGUCUGCCCUUUCCCGGGCCUGCUGGCCCUGCUUCCGCUCCUGGCACUUGCCAGCUCUUGUGUGUGCCCUGCUCUGGGCCCUCUCCUUCUUGCUUACCAUGAUCCUCUACUUCUCCCCAGUGGCACUUUUCAUCUUCGUCCUGAGCUACCUGUUGUCGGUGCUUAUCCUGAUUCUUUCCAGUCUAACCCUCUUUGCCAAGGUCUUGUGCUGUUCAUGGCAAUAUCCCCUGAGGAAGCUCUGCGUUGUGGUUCUGCUCGUUGUCAUCUCCUUCCUCUUCUUCAAUGCUGACUUUCCUUACUGGCUCUUGCUAAGAUUGUUUGAUUUUUCAGUUCUCUUCUUUGACACUCCUCUCCUAUUUGCCUGUGUGAGCUGCAGUAUCAAUCCUGCUAUUUAUUUCCUGGCAGGGAGCUGUACAAAGAAGUUCCCAAUCUCUGCUAGGCUUGCUUGUCAGAGGGCUUUUGAAGACACCAUGGAGUCUGAAAACAGAAGUGAAACUCCCAGAGAAAGCUCAGUGGAAAUAAAUGUUUAACCCUCUCCAGCCCCUCCCUGGGAGAAGAUGCUCUAGGGAUGGAGGUGUCCUGUGAGACAGGGAGAGGCAAGAACGAUGGCUUUGGUGCUGCACAGAACUAGCUGCAAGGCCAGAAAAUGUGCUGGGCAGCAUAGGAACCUGUGCCUGGAGUUGGCACUGGGCUGGCAGUGAAACACCCAUCAAAACAUUUUGCUUUGAAAUCUCUGCUUUGAAUCUGUCCUAUCUAUCAGGUCUGAGCCAUUCCUUCUUCAAAAGUGAGCUUGCUCUAGCCAGUGUGCUAUUAAAGCAAAGUCAUGGAGGCUCUUA